AUGGAACGCUCUGAGUACUGCUAUGUUUACCAUUUAGUCCAAGAUUAUCUGAAAUACGUUCUUCAGGAACCACAGCUUGGACCAGCCCCAAGCAGAGUUGCUCAUGUUUUAAGAACUACUGCAUCCUUUCUGCAAAAGGAAAAUGAAGAGAGUCUGAAACCAUGUUUGGACACACUUGAUAUUACCUCUGUAGAUGCUGCCAGAAGAAUUUUCACUGAAGUCGUGGAUAAAGAAUUUGCUGAUGGAAACACUAACUGGGGACGGAUUUUGACAAUAUUUAUGUUUGGAGGAAUUCUUUCUAAGAGGCUUCAAGAACACAAAGUUCAGCUUACAGGAGAUAAUAAAGAGCAGAUUUCUUAUUUCAUCACGGAGUACAUUAUAAACAACAAGGCUGAGUGGAUAGAGGCAAAUGGAGGUUGGGAAAACGGCUUCCUACCUAUGUUUGAGGAAAAACGAUCAUGGCUGUCCUUAUUCAACAUUAAAGCAAAAAUCAUGGAUGCUUUUUCCUUCUUCAGUCAGUACUAUUGA